AUGGUCACCCAUUACCCGAGCCAGCUAUCUUGCCUUGAAUUUGGGCAGCUCAUUGCUGACAUAAAGGCCAAUGCGCCGGGCAUCGAGAAUGUUAUCGUUUCUACCCACUGCCAGAAUGAUCUAGGACUUUCUACCGUCAGUACUUUAGAGGUACGUUUACAUACAUAUUUUUUCGUUUUUACUUUUUAUUACUUUCGUUUCCUAAUUUCGUUUACAUACAUGGUGGAAGAGUACAGUGGACUGCAGGUGCAGCCUCACAAGGCUAUUGUCGGUGCUAAUGCGUUUGCUCAUGAAAGUGGAAUCCAUCAAGAUGGAAUGCUAAAGAAAAGAAAUACAUACGAAAUCAUGUCUUCUGAAGAUAUUGGACUUUUUAGAUCUAGCGAAUCUGGUCUUACACUUGGAAAACUUAGUGGACAGCAUGCUUUGAAAACUACACUAUUUGAGCUUGGUUAUGACAUUGAUGGGAGGGAACUUAAUGAUUUCUUUUGGCGGUUUAAAUCGGUUGCCGAAAUGAAAAAGGUUAUUACCGAUGAUGAUUUAAUAGCACUGGUAUCCGAUGAGGUUUUCCAGCCCACCGUUAUUUGGAAGUUUGGAGAUGUACAGGUGACGUGCGGGACUUUAGGUCUUUCAACCGCAACAGUUAAGUUAAUAGCAGAUGACGGGACAAAACAAAUCGCCUGUUUUACUGGAACAGGACCUGUUGAUGCAGCUUAUAAGGUGGUUGAUCUCAUUGUUAAGGUUUGAUGUUUCAAUUUAUUAUUGUCAAAAUGAGCGGGUUGAGUCGGAUCGGGUCAAAAUUUCUAAGUUCUUUACAUUUGAUUCUAAUAUCUGUUUUACAGGCUCCUGUAAAACUCCUUGAGUACUCGAUGUUGCGGUUACAG